UCUGUGUUCUCCUGGCCAGCGGUAACCAAGGGCCGCUUCCCCUUGGUGACGGCGGAGCUCGCUCAGGCCAGGGCUGAUCCAGCCCGGGCGAGGGAGGCCUGGGGACCCGCAGGGCCCGGCCACUGGCAGGGAGACACCCUGCUCCCGGGGCACCAGUGAGCCGCCUGCACUCCGCUUCCUUCUCCCUGGCCUGAGGACCAAGGGCUUCCCUCCUGCGGUUCCCCACCGACGCUGCCUGGGCACUGGCCCGAAACAUUCCAGAACUCCGAUCCUCCGGCAGUACCAGAUGCUCCACACCGGGCAGAGGCCGCCUAGCAAACUCCCUUAGGAGUGCCGUCCAGGCCUGAUUGGAAAACUGGAGAAGAGGCCCCGUGAUUGAUGAGUUUGCCUUGGGCGUUGGUGACCAGGUGAAACGGGAGGCCGACAUGGGUCAGAAGGUCACUGGAGGUAUCAAGACGGUGGACAUGAGGGACCCCACGUACCGGCCCUUGAAGCAGGAGCUCCAGGGUCUGGACUACUGCAAGCCCACCCGCCUGGACCUGCUGCUGGACAUGCCCCCCGUGUCCUACGACGUCCAGCUGCUCCACUCUUGGAACAACAAUGACCGCUCGCUCAACGUCUUUGUGAAGGAGGACGACAAGCUGAUCUUUCACCGGCAUCCGGUGGCCCAGAGCACGGACGCCAUCAGGGGCAAAGUCGGGUACACGCGCGGGCUGCAUGUGUGGCAGAUCACGUGGGCCAUGAGGCAGCGCGGCACCCAUGCCGUGGUGGGGGUGGCGACGGCAGACGCCCCCCUGCACUCCGUGGGGUACACGACACUCGUGGGGAAUAACCACGAGUCCUGGGGCUGGGACUUGGGGCGCAACCGGCUCUACCAUGACGGCAAAAACCAGCCAAGCAAAACGUACCCAGCCUUUCUGGAGCCGGACGAGACGUUCAUUGUCCCUGACUCCUUCCUGGUGGCCCUGGAUAUGGACGACGGGACCCUGAGCUUCAUUGUGGAUGGACAGUACAUGGGAGUAGCUUUUCGGGGACUCAAGGGCAAAAAACUUUAUCCCGUAGUGAGUGCCGUCUGGGGCCACUGUGAGAUCCGCAUGCGCUACUUGAAUGGACUUGACCCGGAACCCCUGCCGCUCAUGGAUCUCUGCCGCCGCUCGGUGCGCCUGGCCCUGGGGAAGGAGCGCCUGGGUGAGAUCCACGCGCUGCCGCUGCCCGCCUCCCUCAAGGCCUACCUCCACUACCAGUGAUGCUACAGCCGGGACCACCAGCACGACCGCCCCCACCCACCCCGGUGCCAACUCACUGAGCCACCGCCGCGCCCCGCGCCCCGGACCGGCGUCUGCGGCAUGGAAGUCCUGCUCUUCCUCCCCAGCCUCCCCGGCUGCCCCGCCGGACACAGACUGCUCUGGACACGGGCCCCUCUGUCCCCCUUCCGGACACUGGCAGAAGUUCCCCGCAUGCCGCAUCACCGCCCCUUCUGGGAAGAGGACCCAGAGGAUAAACUCCUACACUGAGCUCCGAUCUGCUCUCGGGGUGGCCUGGGUGCUCCCGCACCUGCCGGGUCCCACGGCGCCGAGAAUAGAUCCCGGGGGUGCUAAGAGGUGCUUAGAUGAGGGCCGGUGCCCGCCCAGCGGGGCAGCCGCGCCGGACGAAGCUCAGGACGUCAGAAGCUCACCGUGGCCACCGAGGCAGAAACCAAACCUGGACCUUCCCCAGGCACGUGAGCACCCAGCAUCAGUCCUGGCUGUCGGUGCCCCUGUACCCUGUAUUUAUUCUUUUAACAAUAACAAAAGCCAUUUAUUUAUUCCAUUUAGAAAGGACACCUUGUUCGGGUCACCUCUCUCUGGAGUGUUCUGUUGCUUUUCUUCUCGCCUGCCCCUCCCUGGGGUGUGUGUGGCCUCACCUGGCCUUUCGCUGGUCGUGUCUGUCGUGUGUCCCCACGUGGGCACAGGGGUGUCUUUGUUUGGGUCCCUUGACCUACAGUUUCCAGGGGGCUCUGCUCCGAGUGCCCGCGUGGGCCCCUGAGGGGGCAUCAGCCUCACGUGCAAUAUGAGUGCCUUGGGGGACCCGUCUGCACGGGCAGUGGCGGCUCCCCGUAUCUCUCCAGGCAGCCACCCAUCGCUAGGGCUCACCCGUCUUUGCACGUGGUUUCAUUUCUUUAGUCUUCUGUGGGGUUUCUCGGCGUGGGUUGGGUUUUGUUUUUGCUUUCCUACCUGAGAUUUGCCACAUGCAUCCUCGGAAGCUCUAGCGUCCCUGAAGACCACCCGAACCGAGACGGGAGGAUGAAUGAGUCUUCAUCCCCUGAGAGGCCGGGGGCAGGGCGGGGUGGGGGAGACCAGAGCGGAGUUGCGUGUCCUAGAAGCCAGUGCAGGUCUCCGCUUGGUGCCCCUGUCCGGGUUCAUCACGGUGCCCCAGAGCCGUGAGGUGGGGCAGGGGGGUCGGGGCGGGCAGCCAGCAGGAGAGGGACGCACCCUCCCGUGCACAACUCCCCCAUGUAGCAGACCCCAGCACCUGCCACCACAGUCACCGUUUCUUAUGUCUUGAAGUCGACUCUCUUAGAAUCUGCCUUCUGUUCAUUUCUGUACAGGUACAGUAGAUGACUUUAUUUGUUUAAAAUGUUUAAUAUAUAUGCAUAUAUAUUUGUCUGUAAGAAUUAUGUUUUAAACAGCUGCUGUAGGGUACCUUUAAAAAAAAAAAAAAAAGUCUUCCAGUGGAGUAUAUUUUUUAAAGCACAAAAUUGGUGCCAAGACUGGGUGAGGAAUGUAAAUUACCCCCUUAUUAUUUGGAGGUUUUAUGUCCCCCAGCGGGUGGGGGGAACCUAACCUGUAAGACUUUUAAAGAUUUUCCUCACUCCUGUUUCGGGGUGGGUCAUGUUCUGAUGAAUGUUACACAUGAGAGGGUCUCACUUAUACAGAUCCCAGCCUUAUCGCCUUGACCCAGCAGUCUCCCACAGACGCUGGACAAAUCACCGGGCUCCUUGUCAUCUCUCUGCACCUCCCGCCCCCCAGCUCCCUGAACCUCGACCCCACCCUUCUUUCCUCUCAGCCCAGAGCCUUGUGGCCUGUACAGUUUUGAAACUCCCGUUGAUAUUUUAUGAUGGUUGAUAAUAGUCAGUAACCUAAUAAAGGAAAGUUUAUUAAAAUACA